CUGGCACGUAUUGACGAACUCAAAUAUUUUCUCGCAACUGCAACCAACAGUUGGGAUCCCAAUGUCCCCGUCAAGACAUUCCCUUUACCUGCAGGCGAAAGCAUUUCCUGUGUCUUGUGGAACAACCUAUUCCACAUCACUGGUACAGAUAUCGUCCGGUCCCUCAUCUAUCGUUUUCAUGCGUUCGGCCGUCCGGUCUCUAACCUCAAGAAAUUCGAGGAGGGUAUUUUUAGCGACCUCAGAAACCUCAAGCCUGGAAUCGAUGCCUGUCUCGAAGAGCCCAAGUCGGAAUUCCUCGACAUGCUUUACAAGAACAGCUGUAUCCGGACCCAAAAGAAACAAAAGGUCUUUUAUUGGUUCUCUGUUCCGCACGACCGCCUCUUUCUUGAUGCACUCGAACGUGAUCUGAAGCGUGAAAAGAUGGGCACAGAAGUAACCAGCAUAGCCGUAACAGAACCUGCAACCUCACUCUCUCUUGAUGCAACCCAAGAACUGUUUGAUCAGUUGAGAAAGUCAAUGUCUCUCUCGGCCGCCGCAACUGCCCAAGCACUCGGUGAGCAAGUCAUUCCCCAGACCACAUUCAAGGAUCCUUCAGACUCUUGGAAAGACGGCCAAGAAAGACCAUCAUGCCUACACUAUGAUACCAGUCCUAGCAUUCAAGACAUCCCCGCCAGAGAGAAUUACAGCAAUACACACCCACCAACCACCACAACCGCAUUUGGCCAGCCAGACUUUAGACCUACUCGGCAAAGUACAUCCAGCUCAGAUUCAUCUACAGAUGAUGUGCUUUCAAUCCUCGACGAUCACACCAGUUUUCCAGAAGCACAGACCUACGCUCCAAAAAUCUUUCGACCAACAGAGCUCUCGAUCUCUAGAGCCAUCGGAAGACUCGACAUUGACGGCUCACACGACCAACUCCAAUCACCCACAGCCUCUAUCAACAUAGCCUCAGUAGCCACAGUAGGCUCCCUAGCCGCAGUUACCCCGCCAAGCUCGACAAUCAAGACAAAGCAGCUUUUUGGAAUGUUUUCACUCUUUGAAGGUUCUCCUUCUUACAAGCAGCGCAGACGACGGGCCACAUCAUUCUCAUCUCUCAUGGGCCAAAAGCAGACCCACCCACACUCUUUGUCUAUAGCAGCGCACGCAACAACUGUCUGUCGAGAGGAUGGAUCGGAUUCAGAGCGCGUCUUUACCUGUCCACUCGGAUCCUGCGGUCGUCUCUUCAAGCGUCUCGAACAUCUGAAGCGACACAUGCGCACUCACACGAUGGAGCGGCCUUAUGUCUGCCCGCUGUGCGGAAAGCGCUUUUCACGGUCAGACAAUCUUUCGCAGCACCGCAAAACUCACCAGAAACUGCAGUCCAAACAGACAAAGGAAGAAGGUGACAAUGACAAGGAU